UAUAGGGUUGAGUGACUUAAAGAUCGCCAAGGGGGAAAGGGAGGGGACAUAAGAUACCUAGUAUCUUGAGACGGAAUUAAAGUGCAUGUGAACGAUAUUGGUAUGCGAGGAGAUUUAAACGGCCCUUGACAUUUAGUAUGUGUGGUCGGAUUUCGACCCUUUGCAAAAGCCGUUAUUAAUACCUGAACUCUCAGUGCCCAAAUUCAAGCACAAUUCGUAAAACAAUUGACACUGCUACUGGCCGAGAUAACUCUACCUACUCAACCUUUCAUGGAGCUGCUCAGAAACGGGAUCGAAAUCCGUAUCCGUACCCAACAUGCUGUCUUGCGGCACAGCCAAACUGGGUAGAAACGGAAAUAUUCCGAGCAUGCUCUCGGCAGUGCACAUAUGUAAGCUGCAAUCCUUCGCAUGAAGAUAUCCACCAAUAUGUAGGACUUCGUCUUAUAUCCGGACUAAGUGAUAGUUCACCAUGUCUGAGUAUUUGAAAUAAUGGCCAUAAAAGUAAUGCUCCUGACUCCCCGAUGGGCGACUUACUAUCCUAUCGACUUAAUCAGAAAAUAGGCGAAAUGGGACGGGAGCACCACAAAUAACAAGAAAACUGAACAUCAAGAUGGCACGGAAUACAGCAGAAAGUCUCGCGGCGCUCGAGGAGUACCUAACCAAGCACCAACCCAGCAUCAAGCUCCUCACACCCUCAAGCCCAGACUUCGAAGGCGUGCGCGCAUGUUUCAUAAAACGCGACGACCUCGUCCCUCUCGCCAUCGCGCGCCCCCAGACCGCCGUCGACGUGCAGGUCCUAGUGAAAUACUGCGUUCAGCAUAACAUCGACUUCGUCGUCCGCAGCGGGGGCCACGACUGCGCGGGGCGGAGCCAGGUCCGCGGUGCUUUAACGAUCGACAUGCGGGACAUCAACUACGUGCGCGUCAGCGCGGACGAGAAGACCGCGAGUGUAGGCGGCGGCAUCGUCUUCCGGGACCUCGCGAAGGCGCUUGAGGCGAGGGAGCUGAUGACGCCCGUCGGCACGGUCGCGAGCGUGGGGUAUGUCGGGUGGGCUACGCUCGGCGGGUACGGGCCGUUUUCGUCGAGCCAUGGGUUGGGUGUUGAUCAGAUUGUCGGGGCGAAGGUUGUGAAGGCGAAGGGGGAGCUUGUUGAUGCCGGGGAGGAACUGUUGAGGGGUAUACGUGGAGCUGGGGGGAUCUUCGGUGUUAUCACGGAGUUGACGGUUAAGAUUUUCCCGUUGAAAGGAUUGUUUGUUUCUCUUAUUGUCUUCGAUUCGAGUGAUCUGACGACGACUUGGAUGAAUUAUAGCGCUGGGUAUGAGAAGCUCGCUGCGGAACAGGAUAUCCCUAGGGCUCUUCAGCUUCACCUGUUGGGUAUAGAACUUCCUAACUUCGGGAAGGUAUUUGCUGUUGCUGCUACUUGGUCGGCGGCCGACCACGAGGAAGGCAAGAUAUGGAUUAACAAGAUCGCUGCUCUGGGUCCUUGCCUGAUGAACAACCCCGAAGUGAAAACCGUCUCGGCGUACUGCGCAUUCAACGAAUCGCUACUUACCUGGGGCAGUUACGGACGGGCGUACACAUUGAGUGUUAAGAAAUAUACGCCGAAGUUGGCAGAGGUCCUGGCUAAGUACACGUCCUCGCUCCCGGGUGGCGGUAUUGCUAUUUCCCUCCACAUGCUACGAGAGCCUGCGCCGAAUGAACAUUCCGUUUUCGGAUCGAGAGUGGAACACCAUAUGCUUGAAAUGAUAGCAGCGACACCCGUGAAAGAGCUCGAGGCUAAAGGCACGGAGUGGGCAGCCGGGCUGACGAGAGAACUCAGAGAGGCUGAUCCGGAAAAUGUGAUGGAAUCGGCGUAUAUAUCAUUAUUGGAUAAUGACGACAUGGACUGUAAGAAGAUCUACGGGGCGCAUUAUGAGACGCUGGUGGCGCUGAAGAAAAAGUACGACCCGGACAAUGUGUUCAAGUACGCCAUUCCCCGGUUGUCCGUAUGAUGGUCGGAUUGCCUGUAAAUAAGACUGCCAUGGGUACAUAUAGCUUCACUUUCCGUGUUAUUAGGCUUAGUUAAAAGGAUGAAAAUGGUUUAAUAAAGAGUAGAUAUGUCGAUUAGAAAAUAUCGA